GGUCUGGUCUUAUCUAAGUGACCAUUUUUAUGAAAGCAACAAAAAUGUCUUUUUUUUCCUCCUCUUACCAUCUCCUUUGAGUGUCUACAUCAUUAGGCUUUUUUUGAUGAGGUGCAAAACGCUUCACUAGUCAAACUGUUUAAAAGAUUCCUUGAUCUGCAAACCUAUACAGAGAGGUACCACAUCAUCUUGUCCUUGUUCAAGGUGAGAGUAAAGACAAAGUGCUUGCUGUGUCAAGGUUGGCUUCAGGGGACAUGUUUGAACUGUGAGGAUCAGAGCUGGCCAACUGGUGGAGAAGGACCUUCCUGCAAAGGAGAGUUUGACUAGAGAUAGUCACAAGGUGGUGAAAAGGUGGCACAUCCCUUGAUCAACAAGAGCCAAUAGAAGUAUCAACACUUCCCGUCUGGGUCUGAGGGGUCCCCCAGGAAAGGGGAUAGCUGAGGAUAAGAUGCAGCUAGAGUAAUUUUCCUGGUAGGCUGCUGACAGCCCAUCCAUCUUUGGGGGUACAUCCCAGCCCUGGCCUGCCUUCCUGAUUCUGUUUUCACUAGUUUUGUGUUGGAGGAAGCAUCUGUGUGUUUCACAAAGACACACUCAGGAGAACUCUGCUCCACCCCAGUUCAUUUUCCAAACCAAAACUGAAAUACCAGGGCUGAUUCUUGUAUGUCUGGGUUUUGUCAUUUCUGCUAGCAGUCUUCAUUUCCCAAACUGGGAGGAGUGAGGGGGAGCCCCAUUGUUGCACAUUUGAAAUGCCUUGCCCUAGAUGUCUUUUCUUUUUAUAGUCUUGCCACAUGUUGUGCUAUUCCAGUUAACCACUUCAAACUUUUCAUCAGUUAAGUUCCGUCUUUCUUAAAAAAAAAAAUACCCUGAAAGGCCAAAAAUCAGAUUAAAAUCCCUUUGACAUGACCAGUUACGGUUUGCUGAGUACAAUGUUUUGGUGUACAGUGUAUCUGAUGAACUAAACUGUCUCAAACUGGGACAGAAGCUGAUCUGGAUGGGUAAAAUCCCAGAAAUGGGAUUAGCUGUGAACAUGCUGAUCUGAUAAAACAUGGAAGUGGCUACAAGACACCUGAUGGUGGCAUGGCAGGGUUUGGAAUUAUGAAUUAUAUCAAGCAAAGGUCAGCGCUAUGCCAACAGACAAGACAUCUGAUUCAGUUGUCUUAUGGAAGCUAUCGUGAAGUAUAUGUCUGUGCCUAUCAUUGCCUGGCUUUCUAUCAUUCUUUGACUCAGGGCACUAUUAUUUUGUCAUUGUUGGGACAGCUUCUUGUGGGUUUUUUUUCUGUUUAUUUUGUCAACCAGUCAUAUCUAAAACUUCAAUUAUGAAUCCUUCUAAGAUUUCUAUCAGGGUGGAAGAACAUACUUAGCACACACACACAGAGGGAAAAAAAAAAAAAAAAAAAAAAAAAAAAAGCAGUUCCUAAAAUGUCAUGUGAGCUUCUUUUUUCAGUCACUCUAGAGACAGGACUGAUAAUGGUACUUUCUCCCUGAGACACCGAAAUAUCUGCUACAGAAUGCCUGAACUCCUGGGUAAUAGCAGUUCACAUGAACAGGCUGCUGCAAAUUAUGUAUCAGAGUCCAUUGUCUCCAUUGCUAUCUUCAUCAUCAUUUUCAUCAUAGGUGUCCCAGGCAAUGGACUGGUGAUCUGGGUAGCUGGUCUGAAAAUGAAAAGGUCUGUGAACAUUGUCUGGUUCCUAAACCUUGCCGUGGCUGACUUCAUGUGCUGCUUGUCCUUGCCAUUUUCCAUUGUUCACCUGAUCCUCCAUGAGCACUGGCCGUAUGGUUGGUUCCUCUGCAAAGUCAUUCCAUCAGUUAUAAUCUUCACUAUGUUUGCUAGCAUCUUCCUACUCGUGGCCAUCAGCAUUGACCGGUGCCUCCUUGUGAUGAAACCGGUCUGGUGUCAAAAUCAUCGAACAGUGAAAUUUAUAUCACUAAUAUGCGGUGGCAUUUGGAUCCUGGCCUUCAUUUUCUGCUGUCCUGUCUUCCACUACCGUGAGACUAGCACUCAUGAUGGCAGAACUGAAUGUGGGUACAGUUUUGGAGAUGAUGAGGUUUAUAUGGAUUAUUACGACGAGGUUUAUAUGAAUGCUUCUGUAAAUAUGUCAUUGGAAGAAUACUCACCUUUAGCCUACAAUGGUAAUUACUCUUGGGGAAAUUUCUAUGAAGACUCUUCUGUAUCCCUUGCCUUACUGGUAAUAAACGUCACUAGGGCUGUUUUUGGCUUUGUACUGCCCUUUGGCAUAAUGGCAGUUUGCUAUGCCCUCAUUGCUUUCAGAACACAUGCAAAUCAGUUUCACAAGCCACGCAACAGGAUGCUGCGAACAAUUGUGCUCGUGGUAGCUGCAUUCUUCAUCUGCUGGGCUCCAUACCACGUAGUUGGGAUUCUGCCCCUUGUGUCUACUCUUGGAAUAGAACUGAAGGAGUCAUUAGUCCUCUGGGAUCACCUCUCUACAGCACUUGCAUACGCCAACAGCUGCAUCAAUCCUCUGCUCUAUGUUUUUGUGGGGCGGGACUUCAGGGCAAAGGCACGACAGACAGUUCAAGGAAUCUUGGAAGGUGCCUUUACUGAGGAACCAACACGUUCGAGCCCUUACUCCCUUGACAGAAGCAAGACUUCGACAGAGAAGGACGUUAGCAGCACAGUGUAAACGCAGGGCUUCUGAUCACCACUGUAGAGAGUGUGAGCUGGGGCCCUGUGCAUCAAUCACUCGCCACUUAAAAAGAUUUUUUUUUGCUCUAACACAUUUGACUAAUCUGCAGAUCUUCACACAGGGCACUGAGAUGGUUCGGGUCAGAACAGCUAACCCCCUUUACAUCCUACUUCAGAGAGAUGGGAAGUUGCCAGUACCAGGAAUAAUAAUCUGAGGGAAGACUGGUGAAGCAGAAGGCACAGACUACUUAAAUCUUUAAAAAAGAAAGCAGGCUUGCAGGUGGGAUUAUGUAGUUUAACCUCUGAAUUGCUAGAUGAGAAUGUCAUUAGAGUUAUUUGCAUAUGUCUAUGUUCUAUAUUUCCUGUCUCUGAUA